UUUUACAUAAGAAACCGGAAGCACGUUUUUAUAAGGAAAACUGAGAAAUUGUCAUGAUACGAAAUAUAUUGAAACCCUGCUUUAACCAACCAUUCCUGGGCAGCAUCAGGAGCUAUGCUACAGUAGUAGAUAAAGCCAGUCUCAGUCAGCUGAGGAAGAAAACUGGUAUUGGAUUUAUGAACUGCAGGAAAGCUCUGGAACAGUUUGAAAAUGAUGUUGACAAGGCAGAAAAAUGGUUGUUAGAACAAGCACAGAAAGAAGGAUGGGCCAAGGCUACAAAGUUACAAGGUCGCCCAAUGUCACAGGGGCUGGUUGGAGUUGUGUCAGAUAACCAAAGAGCAACAUUGGUGGAGAUCAAUUGCGAAACAGAUUUUGUGGCCAAAAAUGAAAAAUUUCAUGAUCUGGUAUCCAAUGUCACUUCCGGCUGCCACAGAUAUUUCAUGGCUGCACCUACUAGUACUCAGGUAUCCCUUCCUAAAGACCAGCUGGAUGGCCUUGACAUUGGUAACCAGACUGUUGGUGAUUUGGUAGCAUUAGCCGUCGGAAAGGUUGGGGAGAAUUUGUCUGCUCGUCAAGUUACACACAUGGGUGUAGCACCUAACUCUCACCUGGAAACCUAUAUCCAUUUAGCAGGUUCGGAUGUUGAGGUUGAUGGUUGUAGAAUGGGAAAAUAUGCUGUAUUGCUUGACCUGAGUCAGGAUUCCGAUGUAACAGAGGAUGUCACUCCUUUGAAAACAGUAGCUAAGGAGUUGUGUCAACAUAUCCUAGGACUAAAACCUAGCACAGUUGGUGACUUUGAAAAUGACAAGCCUCUUGAUGACUCUGGGGAUGAUAAGCCUCUAGCUGAUGCAGAUGAAACCUCUCUGUCAGACAAAGAUAAUGAACAUUCAGAUGACUCAGAUUCCAGUGACGAUGAAAGUGAUGAUAGCGAUGAUGAAAAGGAGGAAGAGGGCAAAAAGUCUAGUAAAGUUAAAAUGCAGGAAACUAGACUUGUGUUUCAGGAAUUUCUCUUUAAUCCAGAAGUUGUAGUAGGAGAGUACUUGCAGGACAACAAAGCUAUUGUAAACAAAUUUCUAUUCGUUGAAUGUGGUCAGAAACUUCCAUCAGAUAGUGAAUAACGUAUCUUCAUUUAGCUUUCCCACCAAGAGAGAAAAUAAGUUUGUAAGGCAACUGAAGGUGAUGAGACCAGUUUGGGUUUUAUUAAAAGAAUGUGUUACCUAUGAUAAUGUUUUGUGUUUGAUAUCAUAGUGGACAAAUUACAUGCUGAAGGUGGACUUAAUUUGAUGUACGAAUAAUAUUUAUUUGUGUGAAGAUGAUGAUUAAUUUGUGAUUAAAUGACAUAGCUACA